GUAUGGUCUGAAAAGCAUCGGACACUUUCCUUCGACUUCUUCGACGUUUGUCUUCCGCAACAGCACAUCGAAAUCGUCGGUUAAUUCCGUUUUGAUUUCAUUCUAUUCAACAUGGCCGAUCAGACCGAAAAAGCUUUCCAAAAGCAACCUACCGUAUUCUUGAACCGCAAGGAAUCCAAGAAGAAGAAGUCCCUCCGUCAUUACCGCAGCGUUGGUCUUGGUUUUAAAACCCCAAGAGAGGCUAUUGAUGGAACUUACAUUGACAAAAAAUGUCCAUUCACUGGUAAUGUUUCAAUUAGAGGACGUAUCUUGACUGGUAUGGUGCGUAAAAUGAAAAUGCAAAGGACCAUUGUGAUAAGGAGGGAUUAUUUGCAUUACAUUAGUAAAUAUAAUCGUUUCGAGAAGCGUCACAAAAAUAUGUCUGUACACUUGUCACCAUGCUUCCGUGAUGUGGAAAUUGGAGAUAUUGUCACUAUUGGUGAAUGUCGACCUCUGAGUAAAACUGUCAGAUUUAAUGUACUGAAAGUCACCAAGGGAACAGGAGCAAAGAAAGGUUUCAAAAAAUUCUAGAUUUAAAUGUAAUAUUAUUAUUUUUAUUCAUUCUAAUAAAUUCUAGAAACCCAAAAAAAAA